GUGCAAAUUCAGGAAAUGGUCAGGGAGAGAACAUGUCUCAGCCAGAUGCCAGCUUUCUCAGAGCCUGCCGGGGAGGAGUCUUCAUUCAUCGGGACCACAACAAAUUCCUUCCCCAACUCAGGAGGGACCCAUGAGGAACACGCAUCAUUGGCCCGAUACCUGGAGGUAGAAAGCUGUACUCAAGACCCACAGCAUGAAAAAAGACAAGACAGAGAACACAACACUCCUAGCCAUUGGUGGGAAGACCUUGAACAUGAGUUGAGCAUCCCAGAAGCCAAGUGUGGAAUUCUGUCCCCAGGGGGGCUCUUCGCACAUCUCCCCCAGGAUGCCAGUGCUGGGCACAGGGACCCUGAGGCUCUCUCUGUCGCUUCCACUGAACACACAGAUCCUGCCCUCACCCUGCAAAAUGUGUGCGAUGGGCCAAGGGGCAGGGAAGUGGCGUGUGUGAUGGAGUGUUUUGAAGCUGGUGACCAAGGAGCAUGUUGUGAUGCCACGGGUCCUCGUGUGGCAGCACCAGUGGAUAAAUAUUUGCCUCAAGAAAUUUGCUCCACAGACUUCGCACUGGCAGGAGGUCAAAGCAGAGCCAAAUACCUUGCUGUUUCCAUUGCUGAGAAUAACCAUGCAGAUGGUGCUGAGGAGAGCUCACCUCAGGCACCAGAGGAGAAUAUUGUCCAAUUUCCUUCCAAUGUACAGUUGGGUCAUAUUUUAAGUGGCCCCACCACCAAACCUACAGAAGACCCACUUUGCAUGGCAUCCAGUGUACCAAGGGCCCACGGCCAUGUCCCCCAGCUCCCAGAGGGAGAAAGUUUCUGUAGCGAUUCCCCUCUGCAGAUUGAUAGCCAGACAGGAGAUGAGAGCCAGACCAGGGACAGAGCUGUCAAUAGGAGCCUUAAAGAGCACUUCCAGGAAAAAAGAAGUGAAACAAAGCAGAGGAUCCAGCAGAGGAGCCUGUCCCACCAGGGUUCUCUUUCUGCAGAUGAUUCUCAAGAAAGUGUGCCCACCACAUCUCCUGCACAAGAGGAAAUGAACUGGGUGCCCUUGGAGCACUCACCAGCAAACUCCAGGGAAGAAAGAGGACAGAGCUCAGGCCUGGGGAUGAGUGUCUCCAUGGUGGAUGAAGACAGUCAGGGUCUGAGCAAUGUUUCAUCUCUCUCCAGUGUUCUUCUGGAGGAGUCUAAAGAGAAUGGACUAGGACAUCAGGAAGCAGGCAACAAGCUGAAGAUUGUAACUCUAGAGGCUCCUGUUUCAGAAAUCUGGCCACCAAGAGAACUGACACAUUCUGAGUGCAAAGAGUUGGAAGCUGGUCCCAUAGUUCCUGACAGGGUCUGGGCUGUACCUGAUGUUCUAAAGGCAGAUACUGCUGUGCCUGAACUGGACGCCUCUGGAGGAGCAACAUUGGCUCACAGUCCGCAGCAUGAGUCUGACUCAGCCCUUGCGAAUAACAGAGAGAUCCAUGAAGGUGAAGAACUGGGCCGCAGAGCACACUGGAGCAGUCUUUCCUCCCGGUAUUUGAGCCAACCCAGAUUCCUGGAGUCAUCCGUGGACCCCAUAGAUGAAAAGGCAUUAUGUGUUGCAGAUCCACUACCAGAGGCUUCCAAAACCGGACGGAAGGAAGAUGUUAACAAUGUGAGUCGAGGCCAGGGGGAAAACCAACUCGAGGUGGACCAUCCUGGCUUCUUUAAACAGUUUCUGACCUGCCCUAAAAUCCUAGAGUCCUCUGUCGAUCCCAUUGACGAAACAAGUUUGAUAGAGUGUACAAGAGCUGGACAACAAGUGCCUUCUGAACGCACACAGGGGGUCAUCGGAGAGGGCAGUAAAUUGAAUGAUGGAAACUUGGGCCGGAGAGUGGAAGUCCAACCUGCUGUUUUGCAAGUUCCAGAGGAGACCAUUCCAAGUGAAAACAGAAUCAACAGAAACCAAGAGGACAGUGAGAGAGGGGCAGCCAAACAAAGUCAACACGGUGAGGCAGAAGUGGACGCCCACCCUGCCAUUUGGCAAGUCCCGUGUGCUGAUGGAGGCAGGGAGAGAACUCCAGGUGGAUGCGGCAUAAACCGGACACGAGAAGGCACUGGCAGAAGCUUAGCCGAACAGAGUAAAAAGGACAAAGCAGAGUUCACUUUCCCCACGUCACCUCUUCCUAGUUGUCUUGCGAUGACGACUCCUGCAUCUGUUGUGGUUGACACUCACAAUUCCACAGGCUGGAUUCAUGACAUCUCUGAAAAUGACUUAGUUGAGCCCCUACAUCGUCAGGAUGUAUUUUCUGACUCAAAGGAAAGAGGAACUAUGGAGAAUGAGUGUGGGAAACAUUUGACCUCUUCUAGCGAUCUUACGCGAUUGCCUAGUACUUCAUCUCUUAAACGAAAUAGCACACGCAUUUCAAUAAGCCAUGAAGUUGAGGAACCUAAAACAGAGGAGCCUGAAAUUGGGGAAGCCAAACUCCCAAGCUCAUCUGUCUCACCAACAAUGACUUUGGCAUUCAUUUCAGGAGAAUGUGAGUCAGAGAAAGCCCCCAGGUUACUGCAGGACCUGUGUCAAAAGGGCACCCUGGGAUGCGUGAAAAAGCCAAGGGAAAAGGACAGGCUCAGCCACCUGGCAGCCCAAAUGGGCAAAUUACCAGAGGCCCAACCAGCAGUGACUGGCUCAGAGGAGGUCAAGAAAAAGCAAGAGACCUCAGGAAGUGGACACUUAACUGAGGGAGUAAAGAAGAAAAUUCUGUCCAGGGUGGCAGCCUUGAGACUGAGAUUGGAAGAAAAAGAAAAUGUCAGAGAGAACUCAAGCUUUCUAAAAAAGAUUCCUAAACUAGAGACAUCGUUAUCAUGCCCAGAUGAGAAAAAAGAUUCCAAAAAGUCACCGUGCAAAAGAGAAGGAAAAGCUCCAGUAUUACUGAAAAAGAUCCAAGCCGAGAUGUUCCCUGACCACUCUGGAAAUGUCAAACUAAGCUGCCAGUUUGCAGAAAUUCAUGAAGAUUCUACCAUCUGGUGGACAAAAGAUUCAAAGUCGAUAGCUCAAGUGCAGAGAAGCGCAGGGGACAACUCCACUGUUUCCUUUGCCAUCGCUCAAGCCAGUCAGAAGGACCAGGGUCACUAUUACUGCUGCAUCAAGAACAGUUAUGGAAAAGUGACUGCUGAGUUUAACCUCACAGCAGAAGUUCUCAAACAGCUUUCAAGUCACCAGGAUGUAAGAGGAUGUGAGGAGAUUGAAUUCAGCCAGCUCAUCUUCAAAGAAGACUUUCUCAACGACAGAUACUUCGGGGACCGCCUGCGCGGGCAGAUUGCCACGGAGGAGCUGCACUUCGGAGAAGGGGUCCACCGCAAAGCCUUCCGCAGCAAAGUGAUGCGGGGCCUCAUGCCCGUCUUCCAGCCUGGCCACGCCUGUGUGCUCAAGGUACACAAUGCCAUCGCCCAUGGGACCAGAAACAACGAUGAGCUCAUUCAAAGGAACUACAAACUGGCUGCCCAGGAAUGCUAUGUUCAAAAUACAGCCAGAUACUAUGCCAAGAUCUAUGCUGCUGAAGCACAGCCUCUGGAAGGCUUUGGAGAAGUGCCAGAGAUCAUUCCUAUUUUUCUUAUCCAUCGGCCUGAGAACAACAUCCCUUAUGCAACAGUGGAGGAGGAGCUGAUUGGAGAAUUUGUGAAGUAUUCCAUCAGGGACGGGAAGGAAAUAAACUUCCUGAGAAGAGAAUCAGAGGCUGGACAGAAAUGUUGUACCUUCCAGCACUGGGUGUACCAGAAAACAAGUGGCUGCCUCCUGGUCACGGACAUGCAGGGUGUGGGAAUGAAAUUAACUGACGUUGGCAUAGCAACACUGGGGAAAGGGUACAAAGGAUUUAAAGGCAACUGUUCUAUGACCUUCAUCGACCAGUUUAAAACGCUACACCAGUGUAACAAGUAUUGUAAAAUGCUGGGGCUCAAGUCCCUUCAAAACAACAACCAGAAACAGAAGAAGCCAGGCACGGGGAAAAGCAAAGUGCAGACGAAUUCCACAACAGUGAGGAAGACAGACUCUGGGACCCCAGCAGAAAAGAGAACCUAACAGCCCUCAUUAACUAAUGGCCACCAGCUAGCAGCACAGUCUUGUGAGUGAAAAUCUGCAAACACGCAGAAGAAAAUACACAGCCUGCACAGAGUGUGUGACUGUCCCUGUUCCCAGCUGACUGUGCUCCCACAUGCAUCUAAACCCGUCACCUGCUGUCUUUGCUGAAAUGAUUUCCAAACAGGAUCUGUGACCAGACUUAUGGAAAGACUGAAUCAACUGUCCACUCUUUGUAUACACGUUUAGUAUUUUUACCAACCUCAUGUCAUGUCUGUUUCUGUAUUUGCGUGUGGUUGUGUUGUCGAGAACUUGGUGCUGAGCAGGGUCUGUCCACAACCAAAAUCCUUCCCACCCCAUUCCUAACCUCGGGAUUUCUAGACAUAUCCAGCUGUGAUGUAAACAGAAAUCAUGAAUUCCCCCACUGGGUUGAGCUGCACUAGUGUUGAAGAAGCUGUGGUUGCUGGAGAUGGCUUCUGAAACCUAAGGCCAUUUCCCAUUGUUAUUCACAGAGCCAGUUACAAUGUUCUGUUCCAUUAAAUUCAUAUAUAAACUUAAA